UCCGUUCGUGUUCAAACUCAAGUCAAGGUGCAACUCCGUAAUUAACUUCCAUUUUCAAGCCUCAUUUCUAAAACAGAUUUCACCUUCUAUUUAUACACUCAUCCUAUUCUUACAUUUCACUCUCUUCACAGUACAAACUUCACUCUAAUUUCUUACCCAUAAUUAAAAACUCACUUUUUCUUCCAUCCCAAUCCCUGAAUGAUUCAGUGAUCUGUACCUGUUGCAUGAUUUCUAUGGUAAGAAAUGUUCAUCACCAUCACCUUAUGAGCUGAAGAAGGAAGAUUAUAAGAUGGCGAAGAAAGUUUUCUUGUUCAUUUUCAUGUUCCUUUUCUGGAAUUCAUGCAAAUCCUCAUAUGGUUUCUCUGAGCUUGAGCUGCUUCAAACAGUCAAAGAAUCAUUCAAUGAUCCAUUAGGUUCUCUCUCCAGCUGGAAUUCCUCUUUACAUUUUUGUCAAUGGGAUGGUGUUUCUUGCGACAAUUCUUCCCGAAUUGCGAAAAUUUCGCUCUCCGGGAAGAAUUUGUCCGGGAAAAUUCCGGAGAAAAUAUUCCAAUUACAACAUGUUGAGACCAUUGAUCUCUCAAAUAAUCAAUUUUCCGGUGUCAUUCCGGGGAAUUUGUCUAUUCCCUUGUCGCUUAAAUAUAUGAAUUUAAGCGACAACAACUUCACAGGUCAAAUUCCGAAAGGCUUAUCAACUCCUUUCCUUCAAACAUUUGAUCUAUCAAACAACAUGCUUUCAGGGGAAAUCCCUGAAGAUAUUGGAAGUUUUUCAGGUCUUAAGGUACUUGAUAUUGGUGGGAAUGUUUUGGAAGGAAGAAUUCCAAAGUCCAUCAUCAAUUUGACCAACCUGGAAUUCUUGACCUUAGCCUCAAAUCAAUUGAUUGGUGAAAUUCCACCUGAAUUAGGCCUCAUGAAGAGGUUGAAGUGGAUUUAUUUGGGCUACAACAAUUUCUCCGGCGAGAUUCCGAAAGAAAUCGGUGGGUUAACCUCCUUAUCUCAUCUUGAUCUUGUCAACAACAAUCUCACUGGUGAAAUACCUACAUCAUUUGGUAACCUUACCAAUCUCCAAUACCUUUUCCUUUACUUCAACAAACUCACAGGUAUUAUCCCUGUAUCCAUCUUUGGCCUCCAAAGUCUAAUUUCCCUUGAUUUGAGUGACAACUUUUUGUCAGGAGAAAUUCCUGAAUCCAUUACUCAAUUACAAAACCUGGAAGUCCUCCAUUUGUUUUCCAACAAUAUUACAGGGAAAAUACCAAAUGCUUUAUCUUCUUUGCCUCAUCUCCAAGUUCUUCAAUUAUGGUCAAACAGAUUAUCAGGUCAAAUUCCACAAGACCUUGGUAAGAAGAAUAAUCUCACCAUCUUAGACCUUUCCACAAACAAACUCACUGGAAAAAUCCCUGAACGCUUAUGUGAAUCACAUCAGCUUUUCAAGCUCAUUCUCUUCUCAAAUUCUCUUGAAGGCCAAAUUCCAAAGAGUUUAGGUCAUUGCACAAGCUUGCAGCGAAUUCGCCUUCAGAACAACAAAUUAUCCGGCGAAUUACCGCCCGGGUUUGGAUCGCUUCCUCUUGUUUAUUUCCUUGAUUUAUCUGGAAAUAAUCUUGAUGGCAAAUUCAGGGGACAAAAAUGGAACAUGCCUGAAGUUCAAAUGCUGAACUUAGCUGGAAACAAGUUCACUGGUGAAAUCCCUGAUUCGUUUGGAAGCAGAAAACUGGAAAAGCUGGACUUAUCGGACAACGGCUUUUCGGGUAGAAUUCCUCCGGGUCUAUUCAGGACUUUGUUGAAAUUGGUGGAGCUGAAACUCAACGAGAACAAGCUUUCAGGUGAAAUCCCUGAUGAAAUAUCUUCGUGUAAAGAGCUUGUUAGUCUUGAUCUUAGCCAUAAUGAACUCACCGGGAAAAUCCCGAGUAGCCUUUCGGAAAUGCCGGUUCUUGGUCAGCUGGAUUUAUCCGUAAAUCAAUUAUCAGGCGAAAUCCCUCCAAGAUUAGGCGCUGUUGGUUCACUUGUUCAAGUGAACAUUUCUCAUAAUCAUUUUCAUGGAAGUUUACCGUCCACCGGCGCAUUCCUGGUGAUCAAUUCCAGCGCUGUCGCCGGAAAUGAUCUGUGUGGCGGCGAUCGGACGACCGGAUUACCGCCAUGCAAACGGAACAAAUCCCCUGCAUGGUGGUUGUUCUUGACUUGCUUUCUUUCCUUCAUCUUGGUGGUAUUUAUGGUAACGGCAUUUGGAUAUCUGAUUAUGAAACGUAAAAGGGAUUCGGAUUCGGAUUCAAUGAAGAUGGAGAGUGAAGAUGGGAAUUGGGAAGUCCAAUUCUUUAAUUCCAAGGCUUUGAAAUUGAUGACCGUGGAGGAUAUUUUCUCAUCCACAAAAGAGGAAAAUCUCAUUUCCAGAGGACUAAAAGGCGCAACCUAUAAAGGAACUUCUAGCAUUAACGACGAAUUCCAAUUCGUCGCCACAGUCUUUAGCGACACAAGUUCUUUCCAUGAUACUCAUCAGAUUGAAACAAUUGGAAGGAUCGAUCACCCGAAUGUUAUAAAAUUAAUCGCUGCAUGCAAAUCCGGGAAGACGGUGAUUUUGGUUUACGAGUACAUUGAAGGGAAGAUCUUGAGUGAAUCUCUUCCGGAAUUGAGUUGGGAUUCUCGGACAAAAGUUGCCAUGAAGAUUGCUAGAGCCCUUAAUUAUCUACAUUGUUGCUGUUCACAACUUGGUGAUUAUGAAAUCACAACUCAGAAUAUUUUGGUUGAUCUCAAAGAUGAACCCUACUUGAAGCUGAGUUUUCCUGCCGGAUCAUCAUCUUCAAAGAAUUGUGCAAACAACAAUAACAACAAUAAAUGUGUUGCCUCAUCAGCCCAUGUUGCUCCAGGUAAUUUCAAGCUAUAUAUCCCUUCAUUAAUCGUCUUUGGUUUCAACUUUUUUCGUAAUUUGUCUUUGAUUGAAAUGAUAAGUCAUCGUUGGUAGUAUUUUGUUUUUUUUCUUAAGGAAAAAAAAUUACUUACCUAAUUGGUAACGUCCAUAUGAUUCCCUUGUACAAUUUUGUCAUGAUAGUUUUUGGUUAUCGGAAAUGGUGCAGAAGUGAUUGUUCAUCAUUUCUACUUUUGACUACCCCAUGUUCACUGGUAGAAUAGUCAGAUUUUUUUGCCAUCCCAAUUUCCGUUAUUGUUCGAUACUAAAUAAUUUUUUUUUGAUCAUAAUUGUACUUUGAAAAUAAUUUUUUUAUUGUUCGAUACUAAAUAAUUGAAGACAUAAUCAUGAAUCAUUUGUUACAUUUGUACUUUAAAAAUUAGUCUAUAAUGUUAAAAGUGACAAUCAUUAGGCAAAAGCAAACUCUCUAUAGUUUUUUAUUUUUCCGGCCAUGCAAGUCUAUGGUCAGUCAUUAUCAAUAAUCACAACUUGGUUAAUUAAUUAAUCAAUUGCAGAAACUUCAUCGGAAUCCAAUGUUGCCUCUGAUCAGGCCAGUGACAUUUACGGGUUCGGCCUCCUUUUAAUUGAACUCUUGACCGGAAAAAGCCGCUCCGACGCCGAGUUCGGCGUGCACGACGGCAUUGUUCAGUGGGCUCGGUACUGCUAUUCGGAUUGCCUGCUUGAAACGUGGGUUGAUCCAAACAUCCUCAAAGGAAAUACUAAUGCAUUGGAUGAAUGUCAGAAUCAAAUGGUGGAGAUUAUGAAUUUGGCUCUUCAGUGCACAUCUAUUGACCCAUCAGCAAGACCCUUUGCAAGUGAUUUAGUCAAAGCUCUUGAAUCGAUUGUGAGGUCAAAUAAUUCAUGUAUAUUAGGCAUCAAGUAUUUUCUCUAAAUGAUGAUGAUCAAUAUUAAUCUAGCUAGUUUUGGAUUGCCUAACUUCAUAUAUGAGCUUUUUUUUUUUUUUUUUCCUUCUUUUUUCUUUUUUCCUUUUGGGUUUCUUUAUCUUUUUAUUGGAUUUUUGUACGAGCUAGUCUAAUUGAGUGUGUGGUGCUCAUCAUUGCUCCUUUUACUUUUUGAGUGUAAAAUGUAAAUAUUUAAGGAAAGUUCAAUGAUAUCAAAUUCCAAUUGACAUUUUGGACUUCUUCGUCUUCUUUUUU